UGAGCCGCGUCAUCAUAAAAUGGCGGCCUGAGGUGAAUAAGGUUUCGUGUCUGCAUCCCCACCCCUGUCCCUGCCAGGUGUGUUUGCCCAAGGUUUCUGAGGGGAGGGAUGACGGAGCGGUUGGACGGGACCAACUUGGCUUGUGUGGGGGGAGCGACGAAGGGAAGAGGAAAGACGCACAAAGUAGAGGCCAAAGUGAGGAAGCUACAUCUUGCUACCCAAAAUGCAGUGUUCUCAUCACUGUGAGCAUCUUCUGGAGAGGCUGAACAAGCAACGAGAGGUGGGCUUCCUUUGUGACUGCACCAUCGUUAUUGGUGAAUUCCAGUUCAAAGCUCACCGAAAUGUUCUGGCUUCCUUUAGCGAGUACUUUGGGGCUUUUUACAGGGAUACUUCGGAGAGUAAUGUAUUUUUGGAUCAGAAUCAAGUGAAGGCCGAUGGAUUUCAGAAACUUCUGGAGUUCAUAUAUACAGGAGACUUAAACCUUGACAGUUGGAAUGUUAAAGAAAUACAUCAGGCUGCUGACUAUCUCAAAGUGGAGGAGGUAGUUGCUAAAUGUAAGAUAAAAAUGGAAGACUUUGCCUUCAUUGCUAAUCCCUCUUCAACAGAAACCUCUAGUAUCACUGGGAAUAUUGCACUGAACCAGCAGACUUGUCUCCUAACCCUUCGUGACUACAACAGCCAAGAGAAACUGGAUCCCCCUUCAGUGGAUCCAGUUCAGUCUCCAGUCUUAACAAUAACCCCAGAAAAAAAAUCUAUUCAAACCAAAAAGCGAAAGAAGGUAUUCAGCUCACUGAAAAACCAGGUGGAUAAACCUGUCCAGUAUCCAAGUGAAGCUGUGGAGAACUCUGCUGUGGGGUUAUUUCUUGAUGCAAAUAAACUAGCUACAGAGAUAACAGAGCAAGCUGCCCAAGGUGGAGAUAACACUGAGCUGCACCUUAUGCCUGUGGUGGAGAGCGAAACCUUUGCUGCACAGGAGAUCCUCAUCCAGACCAUGUCUCUGAAACCAAAACGGGGAAAAGCACAGCAAGGUUUUGCUUUGAAAGAGCACUGUUUGUCCAACAUCAGCAGUGACAAGAAUGCUUAUCAGUUGGAGAACUCUGGAGAGGAGCUAGAUCAGAAAUACUCCAAGGCCAAGCCAAUUUGUAACACCUGUGGGAAGGUGUUUUCUGAAGCCAGCAGUCUGAGGCGGCACAUGAGGAUCCACAAAGGAGUCAAACCAUAUGUGUGUCAACUCUGUGGGAAGGCAUUUACCCAGUGCAACCAGCUGAAAACGCAUGUAAGAACUCACACAGGUGAAAAGCCCUACAAAUGCAAACUCUGUGAUAAAGGCUUUGCGCAGAAAUGCCAGCUGGUUUUCCACAGCCGCAUGCAUCAUGGAGAGGAGAAACCAUACAAAUGCGAUGCCUGUAACCUGCAGUUUGCCACCUCCAGCAAUCUGAAGAUUCAUGCCAGGAAACACAGUGGAGAGAAGCCAUAUGUCUGUGAUAGAUGUGGACAGCGAUUUGCCCAGGCAAGCACACUGACAUAUCAUGUGCGGCGACAUACAGGAGAAAAGCCCUAUGUCUGCGACACCUGUGGGAAGGCUUUUGCAGUCUCUAGUUCACUCAUCACACACUCAAGAAAGCACACAGGGGAAAAACCAUAUAUAUGUGGGAUUUGUGGCAAAAGCUUCAUUUCUUCAGGAGAACUCAGCAAACACUUUCGCUCCCAUACAGGUGAAAGACCAUUUACUUGUGACCUGUGUGGAAACUCCUACACAGAUAUAAAAAAUCUAAAGAAGCACAAAACAAAGGUUCAUACAGAUUCUGUGAACCCUCUGGAUCCCAUCACAAUUGACCAUUCCUUCAAUGAUCACGACUCCAUUCCAAAUGAGAAAAGCCCUUUGCUGGAGUCCAUCGAUGUGAAGCCUUCGGAUGUGGCACUACCUCUCUCAAUUGAAACAGAGGAUCACCAAGUGCUGUUGCCUGUCACGGACAGCCACUCUCCUUCAUCAGAUGCACUUCUGAGGUCUACUAUCACUGGAUAUUCAGAACCUCAGUUUAUUGUUCUCCAGCAGUUGUACUGACACCCUGUGUGCAAUCAAAACUUUGGCGGUGAAAGCAUCUUGGUGAAGUGAACAUCUGAGCUGAACUUCAUUUUGUUCUCAAGUAGGAAUACGUGAGAAUGCACCUACCUUGUGGAGUGCAGUUUUUCUUUCAUAUAUUUUGUUAAUCUAGAACAAAAGAUUGUAAUUUUUCAUCUAAAAUCAAGAUUUUCUAGAACAAAUUAUUCUUUACAGUAAAAACUUCAACACAACUGCCUUAAGAAUACUCAGACUAUUAAUGAUGUAGAAUGCUUUUUUCAGUGUUCAUGCAGAAGCUGUUACUGUGUAAUCAAGAUAUUUAAUCCAUAUUGAUUAAAUAUGGCUUAAAUAUCUUGGAUUAUGGAUAUAGAUUAAAUAUCCAUAUUAAAUUAUGGAUAUGGAUUACAUAUGGAUUAAAUAUCUCAGAAAAUUGCUGAGAUAUGGAAAGAGGCAACUUUUGCUGCCUUGUAAUAGUAACACUCAGUACUGUGUGUACCCUACACCAAAGUAACCCAAGGCAUCUACUGCAAAAGGCUAAAUUCUAUAUGUAAAUUGAGCCAAUUUGUAUGAUUUCUCUUACUUUGCUUAGCAGAUAAUGCUAGGGCUCAUGCCCUCGGUGCCUCUAAACUCAUAUUUACCUGCAUUCUAUGACCAGAAUGAGGUGCAUUGGCCACUGUAUGUUUUGCACCAGGAAUUUUAUAUAGAUGGCUGUUUUUGCCCUCAAGUGCCAGAAAGGAGGCUGAGAUGCCAGUAGGAGUCUGUGUUAGGGCCUUGACCCCUCCUUAACCCCUGCUUGCCCCGUAGCACCCCCUUUCCCCCUUUAAAGCUCAGUUACAACCUUGGGGUGAGCAGCCAGAGUAGUUCUUUCUAUGUUAGCUGUGAGGGGGAGGAGCUCAGGAUCUUGAAAGUGAGAAUCCAAAUAAUCGUCUUGCCUCCCAGACAAGUAAAACUCCACCUCUGUGUCUGGAAAUUUAUUUUGUGAUUCAGCACAUUCUGAGAUUUCAGCAAAGUUUGCCUAGAAGCUUUCAACUAUGCCAUAAUGGCUAAGCAAAAAAAAAAAAAGUUCUCAUCUGGAAGGCAAACUCUACACCCACUGCCAUUUGGCUUUUCCCUGGCAUUCUCUUUCUGGUUGAACUGUGGCAAAUGUACAACCUCCUGAGUGAGCAGCUGUUGGAUACUGUGUUUUGGAUUCCUAGGGUUAGAUCUGAGGGGCUAGGUUUGUUCUUGGGUAACUGGCUUUAGGGAAGCUUUAUGGCAGCGGUGCAGAACCUCAGGUCUAGGGGCCAAAUCCUGCUUGCCUUGGGUCCCAGUCUGUCCCCCUGGGAUUCCCUAAACAUUUACACUUCUUUCCUUUGAUUUUCCAGCUUUUGUGCAGUUUUCUCCCCAUUCUAAAGGAUGCGAUGCCUCUCCCAAGGCUUAGCAGUAACAGCUGUAAACUAAAAUAUAUGGAUGUUUUUGGCCCUAGUCACCACUGUAAUAUGACUGCCUAGAGCUUCUCUGAACUCAGAUUUUGGCUUCUGGCUGAAAACGGUUCUGCAUCUCACUUUAAGAAGCUGUGAUGUGUUUUGAAGUAGCUCUUGCCAUGCACUUAAAUGUUCUAGAACACCCAUGUAUCUCAUAAGGCAUUUUUUUUUUUUGCCUUGUAUUGUUUCUUGGGUUACACAUGAUUAUCAGAUGUUCUGUUCCCAUUUUGUUCCUAACUUUCUGACAUUCCUGCUUAGAAAAAGGGAACAGUUUUGUUACAGUUUCUGUUGGAAUGCUUACUACCAAGAGAAACCCACUAUAGUUCCUGUCCUGUUGAGAGAUUAGCAAUCUGUAUCAUCAUACUGGUUGCAGAUAAAAGCUUUUCUUUCCCUUGCAACCAUACUGAAACCAAGCAGGCUGGUGGAGAAGAAAGUGUGCAAUCAGACCCUUUUCCCACCUCCUCACUCACUGUGGUAUGUAAUUCCAUUUACUCACCUGUAUGAAAUUUUGGAUCACCUAAGGCUACCAGAUGAGUUGUCAAAUGCAAGGUUAACCUCUUUUGCUCUUUCCACUGAGUUAGGAUGAAAAGGAGUGCAGUUACAAAGCACUUAGAAUAUGUAUCGUGCAGCCCUUCCUAUGCCCCCAAGGAAUAUUUGAUUUUUUUUUAAAACAGUAGCUCCCCAUCAUUGCCACUAGCAAAAUUUCUGAAAUAACAUGGCUCUGCUUUCCAUAGAAAACAAAAGUCAGAUUCCUUCAAUAUUCUGUAUCAGGCUGGCCAUUAUUAUUUUUUUCGUUUCAUUAAUAAUUUUUAGAAACUGUCCCGAAGUGGCUUACCAUUUUAUUGUUCCUGCAUCUCCCCAGCUAGUUCCCUUAGCCUAGGAGACAUGGGACACAAGAUAAUCAGUAGCGCUGCUGCUUUGGAGACGCCCACUCUGUGCAACUGGGAACCUUUAAUAUGCAAAGCAUAAGGUUUGCAAUUGUGAGUUUUCCCAUGUUUUCAGAAUAUUUUAUUAUUUUUGACAUAAAAUGGGCAGAAGUAAAUUAAAAUAGGGGACAAGUUUGAAGGUGUCUCCAGUCUUUUUUCUAUAGUCUAAGCCCAAUAUGCUUGUCUAAAUUCAGAGUACUUGCAUCAUCAUCAUCUCCUUCAAGAAAAGCUGUAGUGUGGGUCAGUUUGACCCAUAUUGCUGCAUCUGGUGUCCUUUUUAGGCCUCUGUCCAGAGACUUCAGCACAAUAGGGGAUUUUGCACCUGUUUCUGCCUUGACUAUCCCCUCAUCCGUCACCUGAAUAUAUAACCCGCUCUGAUGUAGCACAUCUCUUAUUUAGCUGCAGCUGGACAGAAAAAGGAUGGAAUUGAGUUACCUGUAUGUUUGCUGACCACCUUUUUCCAAACUGCCCAUUACAUGUUUUCUAAGAGUGGGGGUGCACAGAAAUGCUGUACUUUCGAAGCAGCUGCAUAUGAGUGUAUCUCUUCUGCAUAUACCUUUUUCUAUUAGCAUUUUGCUCUGAUAUGGGAAAUUUGAAAACAGGCUUCUUAUAAUACUCCCGAGUACUUGUGAUACCAUAUUCUCUUAACACAAACUGAAUUAUCUCUCAGUUAUGAAGAACUUUGAGGUUUAGCUUUGGAUGUAUUUCUUCGCACUAUUAAUCUUCUGGGCAAAAUGUGCUGUUUGGUAUGCUUUUAGUAUACUAUGUUUAGUAUUUCAUAUGAAUGUUUCACAUGUUUGUGUGUUUUUAAAAACUGUUUCUGACUUCAAAAACUCUGUUCUUAGAUUUAUAUUAGACCUUACCUAGCUAUUUAAUAUUUAUAAAGAUAUUUUACUUUAUGGAACUCAUUUGUAUGUAAGAUUUCUAGAGACCAUUGUUUGAUCCCCUUUCUUCAUGCACAACACAAGCUCUGAGAGCUGAACUCUAUUACAGCAAUAAUUGAAUAGACCUUGUUUCCAAAUGGAAAGUUUUUGGUGGAAUUCAGGCAUCUUGGGUUGUCUUCUUUAAGAUAUUCAUUCAAUAAAUCAUGACCUAUAUUCGUAUUAAAAUAUUGAUAGAAAGAUUCUGAUUCUGGUAAGUAACACAGGUAUGUUACUUGCAUCCUUUAUGUAUUAUAGCAGCUUUCACCAACAUAGAUCUUUCCAGAUGUGUUGGAUUGCAAUACCAUCAAUUCCAUGGAGUAAAACUGGUCAAGGAUUAUAGAAGUUGUAGUCUAACACAUCAGAAGGGUAUCAGGUUGGGUUUCAUUGGUGUGGUGUUUACUAUUCCUAACCUUGUUUCAGAAUGAAAGGGAUAUGCAGUUGAAAUUCUGAUACAAAUAACCAUCCAAUGGCACAUCAUUUGCUCUGUUAAACAUACAGAGGCUUUGAUGCUUUGCCUUAACAAGGGAAGAGAAUGUUCUUAAACCUUGUAUUUUCAUAUUUUAAGCUCUAAUUCGGAAUGUUACUACUAGGUUAGCCAGCAUAACAAUUACAAGAUUGUGGAUAUUUUCUGAGGUGCUUUCGUGAGUUAUCUUCUAAUUUAUUUCUGAAGUCUUCUGUACAUACAAAGCAUUUUUUCUUGUUCUUGCACAGAUGUAUGUGUAUAGCUCGCCUCCCCGCUUUUAUACUUCCUUGUGAGAGUUUAUGUACAUAAUUAGCUUGCGAUAUUUUAUGUUAGACUUGAAUAAAACUUGUUUUGUAAGCA